AUGGAGAUGCAUCCCAACAACAGGCAAGGUUGGUCCUUUUUCUUCUGUCUCUGCAUGUGUGGGGCAAUAUGUGAGUCCUUCCAUUAUUCAGUGCCCGAGGAAAAGAAAAGUGGGUCUCUGGUGGCAAAUGUGCUAAAGGAUUUGAAAAUGGAUGUGAAGGAGCUCUCUGCUCGCAGGGCCCGGCUGGUUUCUGAAGGCACCAAGCAAUAUUUCCAGCUGGAUCCUCACAAUGGGAAUUUGAUAUUACAGGACAGAAUAGACAGAGAAGCUCUGUGUGGUCAGAAAGACCCUUGCAUCUUACACUCAGAGAUUGUGCUGGAAAACCCACUGCAAGUGCACAGAAUCGAGGUUGAAAUAGAGGAUGUGAAUGACAAUUCUCCCCACUUCUCUAAAAAGGAAUUUAUCUUUGAAAUACCUGAGCACAUGCCAACAAAUACCCGAUUUCCUGUGGAGAGUGCUAAAGAUGCAGACCGAGGAGAAAAUAUUGCUCAGAAUUACACGCUUAGUCCAAAUGACCAUUUUCGGCUGGAUGUGCAAAGUCACAAUGAAGGAACUAAAUUUGCAGAAUUAGUGUUGGAGAAACAACUAGACCGGGAAGAGGAAACACAUCUUUUUCUGAUUCUGUCAGCUGUUGAUGGAGGGAUCCCAAAGAGAACAGGCACAGCAAAAAUUAUCAUUGAAGUUCUGGAUUCAAAUGAUAAUGUUCCUGUUUUCGAUAAAAACAUUUACAAAACUAAAUUAAUGGAAAACAGCCGACUAGGCUCCUUUGUAACAAAAGUGGAAGCAACUGACCGAGAUUUUGGUUCCAAUGCAGAGAUCAAUUACUCUUUCAGCCAGGUGCCAGAUGAUGUACAAAGAGUAUUCAACUUAAACAAACAUACUGGGGAACUUACUGUAGCAGAGAACAUCGAUUAUGAAAUGAAUCAAAAUUAUGCAGUAAACAUCAAAGCCAUGGAUGGAGGGGGGCUCUCUGCUUAUUGCAAAGUCAUAGUGGAGAUUGAGGACAGAAAUGACAAUGCCCCAGAGGUGACAAUCACAUCCCUCAUCAGCCCCUUACCAGAAGAUUCUCCUCCUGAUACACUGGUGGCCCUCUUCCGUGUCACAGAUAUGGACUCUGGAGACAAUGGCAGAACUGCCUGCACCACUGAGGCAAACCUGCCUUUCAUGCUCAAAGCUUCUGAGAAUAACUAUUACCAGCUGGUUACCCAGCAGCCCCUGGACCGAGAAAGAGUCUCAGAGUACAACAUCACCAUCACAGCCACUGACUGGGGCUCACCCAGGCUUACUUCAACAAGAAUAAUUAAUGUCCAAAUCUCAGAUGUCAAUGACAAUGCUCCAGUAUUUGAAAAGUCAUUGUAUGAUAUGCAGUUACAUGAAAAUAAUAUUCCAGGUCUCCUCAUAGGUCUGGUCCAAGUCAACGAUCUGGACACAGAGCAGAAUGCUAAAGUGACCUAUUCUCUUUUGCCUGGGAAGGUCAUUGAUCAACCUGUGUCCUCUUACGUCUCCAUCAACUCUGAAACUGGGAAUCUGUAUGCCAUCCGAUCAGUGGACUAUGAGCAGGUGAAAGAUUUCCAGGUGACACUGAGGGCUGUGGACAGCGGUUCUCCUCCCCUGAGCUCUGAAGUUAUGGUCCGAGUUUUUGUCAUGGAUGAAAAUGACAAUGCCCCGUUCAUCCUCUACCCUCUUCAGAAUGGCACCUCCCCAUCCAAUGACCUGGUUCCAAGGGGGGCCGAGGCUGGCUACCUGGUCACCAAGGUGGUGGCCGUGGACAGAGAUUCUGGUCAGAACUCUUGGCUUUCCUAUGAGCUCCUGAAAGCCACAGAACCAGGUCUGUUCACUGUGGGGGCCCAGAAUGGAGAAGUGAAAACCAUGAGACCCAUUAACAAACGAGACACCUUCAAACAGAAACUUAUUAUUGGAGUCAGUGACAAUGGGCAUCCUCCCCAGUCCACCUCUGCCACACUAAGCGUUCUUCUAGUGGAUGGCUUUUCUGACCCUUAUAUGAAAAUGGUGGAUAUCCCAAAGGAUGAAGUGGUGGAGGGGGAAGACCGUACCCUGACGAUGUAUCUGGUCAUAUGCUUGGCUGUCAUCUCCUUUAUUUUUCUGGUUUCUGUGUUGCUGUUUAUUGCCAUCAAGAUUCAGAAAAGGAGGAAGUUCAUAGAGAACUCCACCCUGAGUUUCCCAGUGGGACCAAAUUUCCCAGAGAACUGUGGAGAUGCUGAUGCUGGAUCCCUUUCCCGGGCUUACAACUAUGAGGUGUGCUUAGCUGGUGGGUCUCUGAACAGCGAGUUCAGGUUUCUCAGGCCUUUCUUUCCUUUGUUUUCUGUGGAGCCUGCUCAGUCCCAGGGGGCUCCAAGGAUUUCACCAGGCUCCCAAGAUCUUUCCAGUCAUGAAGAAGAAAGUCAGCCCAAGGGUCAGGUGAGAGUAUCAUUGACAUUUCAUUGA